AUGGGAAAUUGUAUGGGCAGCUCACAAAGUCACCCACAAUCCUCGGCAAGGAAUCGCCAAAAGAAGAGCUUUUUCCGGAAACUUUUCGCAAAAACCCAUCUCGAUGCAGCUGCUUUAGCUCAAACGUGUCCACCACCGGUUGGCGGUGAGAUGCCGAUCGGCGAGUGCACUGUGCUAAGAGAUCGACCUGCAAUGCGACUCGACUCGAGAUUAGUUUGCAAGUAUGAGAUACUCUCCGUCAUCGGGAAAGGAUCAUUCUCACAGGUGCUCCGGGUACAGCAUCGAAUCUCGAGGACGUAUUUCGCGGUGAAACUUGUGGCGGCUGAUUGCGGAGCUGUCAACAACGAAUUGCACAUUCUCAGCCGACUCCAGCAUCCGUAUGUGAUUCGGCUAGAGGAGGUCUUUAAAUCGUCAUCCCGUUUAUUUAUUGUGAUGGAGUUAGCAUCGGGUGGUGAAAUGUAUGAUCGAGUGGUGGCUAAAGGACGAUACAGUGAACAAGAGGCGAGAGCGGCGCUGAAAAUGCUUCUCUCUGGCCUUGCCUACCUCCAUUCAAUUCGCGUCACUCAUCGAGAUCUCAAGCCAGAGAACCUCUUGUAUGCGGAUACUAGACCCGAGUCGAGAUUACUCAUCACCGAUUUCGGCCUCGCUCACCAGGCGACCCGUUCCGGCGAAACGAUGACGGAAACGUGCGGAACACCCGAGUAUAUCGCACCGGAAUUGUUGCUCAGAGUACCGUACACCGAUAAGGUGGACACGUGGGCUGUUGGUGUGAUUGCGUACAUUUUAAUGUCGGGAAUCAUGCCGUUUGAUGACGAUUGUCGGAGUCGGCUUUAUACGCAUAUUAUUACAGCUAACUAUGUCUACUAUCCACAGUUUUGGUCAGGAUCAGAGUUGGCAAAGACGUUUGUUGACAGUUUAUUGGAGACAAACGCUGGGGAGAGGCUGACUGCAACACAAGCAUUGCAACAUGAUUGGAUUGUUGGAGAGACUCGCACAGCCUAUCCAAUCAAAUCAAGACCGUCUAGCGAGUAUAACGCUAUGCAAAGGACAAAAUCGACGAGAUCGAUCCGCUCAGUUACUCGAUCCGAUCACGGACACCGCGUUGAUCCAAGAGAAGUCGACCAACUCGCGCAGGAUCUUAAAAAAGCCGCUCAAUCGACGAAACAUUAUGGAGUGUUU